AUGGCGAUCGAGAGGCUGAUCAAACAAGGCCAUUUAGGCGAAUACAUUGAUAAGCCUCGAAAUAAGCGCCGUGAUGAUCCUCCACGUCGAGAUAAUAAUCGAGAUCAACAGCAAAGGCGAGAGGAUGGGGGUCACCGACGUGACCUAGAUAACAAUUAUAACCAGCCCACCCGGGGAAUCAUCUCCUUUAUCUCCGGAGGACCGGCGGGGGGCGAUUCACAAAAUGCAAGAUGCACACUCGCUCGAUCAGCGCGCAUGAAUCAAGAACGCGCUUCUCCAUCCGAACGCAUAUAUCAAAUACGAAGACCUGAUCCCAGUAUAGUCUUCAACUCCUCCGACCUCGAAGGUCCAGAUGAAGACCAUGUCGAUGCAUUGGUAGUAACAACAACGGUGGCCAACUUCUUGGUCAAGAAGAUAUUAGUGGACGGUGGAAGCUCAGCUGACAUCAUGUACCUCCACGCUUUUAAGCAACUAGGCAUAGAUAAUGCCCGAUUUAAUCCCGUCUCCACACCCCUGAAAGGAUUCACAGGAGAAGGCAUUUUAUCCAUGGGAGAAGUAGAGCUGCCCGUCUCUUUAGGGGAAGACCCUUGUCGAAUCACCAAGCUAAUCAAAUUCCUCAUCGUCGACAAGCCAUCCCCCUACAACGUCAUCUUAGUGAGACCAGCCAUCCAUACAUUUAAGUCCGUACCUUCCUCCUACCAUCAGAAGUGGAAAUUCCCUACUCCCUAUGGAAUGGGAGAAAUACUUGGAGACAGACGUCUCGCCCGAGAGUGCUAUGCAAGGGCCCUACGAGAACCCUCUAAGAAACCUAAACCACCUGGAAGGGGAGACGACACCCAAAAAUCCGAUAAACGGAAGUGGGUCAAUGCGAUCCUUGAAGACGAUAAAGAGAUCCUCAUCAGUGUACCAGACGAUAGCAUCAAGCUAGCAGCUGUCGAAGAACUUAAGCUCAUAGAGCUCACCCUUGGAGAUGGCUCAAAACUCCUACGCAUCGGAUCCGAUUUAGAUCCUGAGAUGGAGAAGCAACUAGUCAAAUUCUUGCGGCACAAUGGAGAUGUGUUCGCCUGGAAAGCUCAAGAUCUGUCGGGCAUUCCCCCUCAGGUAGCCCUACAUCGGCUUAACAUCGACAAGAGGUUGAAGCCACUCAAACAGAGGAAACGGACAUUUGGUCCCGAGCGCAACAAGCAUAUCAAAGCGGAAGUGGCAAAACUCCUUGAAGCGGGACACAUACGACCAGUUCAGUAUCCUGAAUGGCUGUCGAACGUAGUACUCGUUCCCAAGCCGGGUGGCAAGUGGAGAUUAUGCGUAGACUUCACUGACCUCAACAAAGCCUGUCCUAAGGACCCAUUUCCUCUACCCAGAAUCGAUCAGCUCAUCGAUUCGACCUCGGGGUGCGAACUCCUCAGCUUCCUCGAUGCAUACCAAGGGUAUAACCAGAUCUUACUUGCACCAGAAGAUCAAGAGAGGGCUAGUUUCAUCACUGACCAAGGCAUCUACUGCUAUCAAGUCAUGCCCUUCGGGUUAAAAAACGCAGGAGCCACCUACCAGCGUCUAGUGAACAAAAUGUUCGCAGAUCAGAUCGGUAAAAAUAUGGAGGUGUACAUCGACGACAUGCUCGUCAAGAGUGUCAAGGUCUCGGACCACCUAACUGAUCUGGAUCAGUGUUUCGCCACCCUGCGAAAAUAUAAGAUGAAGCUCAACCCCCUCAAAUGUUCAUUCGGAGUUAGGGGAGGCAAAUUUUUGGGUUAUAUGAUUUCGCAGCGAGGAAUCGAAGCUAAUCCCCUUGGUCUCGCCCUCAUCAACGCAGCUCAGAAGCUUCGACCUUACUUCCAGUCACAUCAGGUGGUGGUUCUCACCAAUUACCCUCUGAAGCAAAUACUGAGAAGUCCCGAAACAUCCGGACGAUUAGCAAAAUGGGCAAUAAAGCUAAGUGAAUAUGGAGUGGAAUUUAAACCCCGCCCAGCUAUCAAAGCGCAAGUAUUGGCAGAUUUUCUAGUCGAAAUGACUUCCAUACAAGAAAGCACUUCUCUACCUACUUGGUCUGUCAACGUCGACGGAUCUUCCAUUAGCACAGGAGGGGGAGCGGCCUCAAACAACGUUGCUGAAUACGAAGCAUUGAUAGCGGGAAUCCGCCUCGCCCUAGCAGCCGGAGCGCGCAAGCUCCUAAUCCAAAGCGACUCUCAGUUCGUCGUUAACCAAGUACUCGGAGUGUACGAGGCCAAAUAA